AUGGCAAAUUCAUUCUCGGGUCGCACAAUUGCUAUAACGGGUGGAUGUUCUGGAAUUGGGCUUGCAACGACGCAGGCUCUACUCAAUGCUGGAGCCACAGUCUACAUUGCAGAUGUGCUAAAGGCACCACAGGAGCUGGAAGGAAAGGCCAAUGUGCAUGUUAACAAAUGCGACAUCACAAGUCGUGAAGCAUGCAAAACAUUCAUCGAUUCUAUCCCUGGGAACCUUGAUGGCCUUGUCAACUGCGCAGGGAUCUGUCCAGUCGAAGGCAAAAUGGCAAGCGACGAGCUUUUCGAGCGGAUUAUGUCAAUCAAUGUCACAGGAUCGUGGUACAUGGGCACGGAAGCGAUCCAAAGGAUGACUCAGCAAAAGCAGCACUCGAGUGAAGGCCUGCUACCAGGAAGUGAGAGAACGAUUGGUGCUGGAGUUAUCGUAAACAUCGCCAGCGGAGCGUCUCUCCGUGGCAUUGCUGGUCUCGGCGCUUAUUGCACUUCAAAGCAUGCCGUGUUGGGGAUGACACGUUCUUGGGCUAAGGAAUGGCCUACUCUUCGAGUGAAUGCAGUUGCCCCUGGUGUGACGGAUACGCCCCUUUCUAGGGGUGCUACCAGCAGCACCGGAGAUCCUGAAGAUUUGAAGAAGCUCUCUUCUGCCCUCUCCUCUAGGAUACCACUGGGGAGGAUGGCAUAUGCCACAGAUAUCGCCGAUGUCAUCUUAUUUGCUUUGUCAGAUGCCGCCAGUUUCAUGACAGGGCAGGUAAUCCCAGUCAAUGGAGGAUCGGAUUGA